AUGUGGCCUGCGCUGGUUGGCUGCCUUGCGCGUGCGCAAUGGCAAGCCGUCCCAGUUCAGGAGCCUCCAGAGGAGAUAUUGGCCCAGCGUGCGGCAAACACUCUGAGGGCAUCCUUGGAUGACCUCGGUGCCCGCCACAGUCUGCUGGUGUCGGAGGAGGAUCUGCGACAGAUUCUAGAUGACCAUCUCGAGAUCCCCAGAGAGGCUGAUGCCGGCUGGGAGUCACCUCCUCGCCGCACUGAGCGUGGCGCUGCUUGCAGCGUCAGCGGAUGGAGGAGGCCGCUUUGCACGCCGCCAACUACGGAGCUUUGCGUGGAGCGGUUGCUGCCGCUGCUGCUGCGGGAGGUGCACCAUGCGAUGUCCUUCGUGCAGGACCAGGUGAAGGUGCUGGACGCGGUGGCGCGGGUCACCGGCACCUCGGAGCGGCUGACGACCCCCCCGAUCUCCGGCCGCGCCUUUGCCGCGGUCGGCGCCCUGGAGUCGGUGCUGAACCUUUUCCUGGGCCUCUUCGAGCGUGUGGAUUUCAACCCGAAACUCGGCGCCUGCCUCGUCACUGCCAUGGGCCAGAAGAUCCGGGAGGCGCUGCUGACGGCCCUGCAGGACCACAAGGCGCUGUCCGCGGGCCUGCGGGAGAUCCGCUGGGAGCUGGCGGCCUUCGGGCGUUUGGCGCACGCCCGCUAUGGGUCCCAGUGGCACAGCGACACGGCGCUCUUCGUGGCGCGCGGCGCUGGCUGGGCCUUGUACCGCCUGGCGCGCCUGGAUGAGUACUUCGCCACAAGGCUCUACAGCACCGAGAGUGCCGAAGGUUUGCUUCAGCCCGAGCUCACGGAGUUGGAUACGACGAAGCCCACAGAUUGGGCCAUGGAGCUGCGUACGGCUCUCCACACCGGCGGGGAGCUUUGGCAUUUGGACAAAGGCCUCCUGCGGUUUCUCCUGGCCAAUGUGCUGCGUCAGAACGAGCGCCUGUGUGACCUUGGAGCUUUCGGGGGCCACUACGCAGAGUGGCUCAAUGACACGGGCCUGGUGAGGGCUUGGGCCUUCGACGGCCUGGAAGACGUAGAGGAGCUCACGGAGGGUCGCGUGCGCUUUGCGCGCCUGGACCAACCGCUUCACCUUGAGGGCUGUGACGUGGUGCUGUGCUUGGAAGUACUGGAGCACAUUCCGCGGGAACAGGAGGCCACGGCCCUGCAGAACUUGAAGACAGCGCUGCGGGCGCUGGUGGUGUCCUGGGCCCCCCCCUGGCAGCCGGGGCCUGGCCACGUGAACGGGCGGAGUCCCCAGGAGGCGUGGCAGCUCAUAGAGAAAGCUACAGGGAUGAUGCGAAGCCCAGAGCUGACCGAGUUGGCGCAGGCCAAGAGCACCGUCCCCUGGAUCCGGGAGUCAGUGGCCAUCUUCCUGCGUGAGUGA